AUGUUUAUUAAGAGGGAAAAACUUGCGAUCGAGAAGGAAAGCAAGGAAGAAAAGCUUAAUAUUGAGAAGGAAACAAUCAUGAUUGAGAAGAAAAAAUAUGAGAUGACAGAAAGGUUAGAGGAGGAGAGAAUCAUGAUGAUAGAUACAAGUGGCUUGACUGGAACACAAAAAGCUUUUUAUAAACAACUCCAAGAGAAAAUCAUGGUUGCAUCCAUGAAUCACUAUUUGUUUCGCAAGUUCCUUCUUGAUGACUCAGAUGAAGAUGAGAUAAUCGAAGAACUUGUUAUGGAAACAUCACAACCUAAACAUCGUCAUUCUAUCCGACGUAAUUAUUUGGUAGGCAAUGAGAGGCUUUUUCUUGAUUAUUUUGCUCCCACACCAAUAUAUCCACCCGCUUUAUUUCGUAGGAGAUUUCAGAUGAAGCGUUCUCUUUUUUUCCGUAUUCAAUCUAAGGUAGAAACUCAUGACUCUUACUUUGUCCAAAAAAGAAAUAGUGCCAAAAAAUUUGGUUUAUCUUCAUUACAAAAGAUAACUGCUGCACUUAGAAUGCUUGCAUAUGGAGUAUUGGGUGAUUUGAUAGAUGAAUAUGUGCGGAUUGGAGAAACUACUGCAUUAGAAAGUUUGAAAAAAUUUGUUACUGCGAUAAUUGAUGUUUUCUUUGAGGAAUACUUGAGAAAGCCAAACAAUGAAGACAUUGCUAGACUGUUAGCUCACGGCGAACGCCAAGAUUUUCCAGAUAUGUUAGGUUCAAUUGAUUGCAUGUAUUGGAAGUGA